AAACGACCAAAUUUAGUAGGACAUUCAACACGUAUUUCAAUUGCCUUCGUUGCGACUCUUUACUUUAUUCGUGUUAUGUGGCCAUAGAUUUGGUUUCUCUUUCGCUCACAGACCCUUUAAAUCUGUCAUCUCUUUUCAAAAAGCUCGCUCUCGGACGAUGAUAAAUGGCGAACGGUCUUGACAUUUCGUGCUAUUAUCAAAAUGUUGAAUUCUGUUAUCGGUUGUUAUUAUUUACGUUUUAUAAAUAAAACAAGAUGGUUUUUCGCGUAAUUCAGAUUCUUGUGCCUACGAACUCGCCGUGUGCAGUGAUCGGACAGUGAAAACAUUGAGGGAAUACACCUAUUCAAGUGGGUCAAAUAAUUACAAAUAUUAAAGAGAAUUGUGUAUAAAAUAAUAAUUUAUGUACAUUUAACAACUCUUAAAAUCAUAAAGGAUGCUGUGAAAAUACUCUGCACCUCAGUUUUGAUUGAUAAAAUGGAUAUUUUGUGAGUUGAAAUAGAGCAGUGUUUUUUUUUUCGUAAAUAAGUUAUGAAGUGAAUUUACGUGCGAUAAUACUUAAUUAUAAUAGGUGAAAAUUGUUUAUAAAUUUGUGGCGUUUGUAGACCUUAGUUUGGAGUGUGUGUUUAGAUAAUUUCCAAAAAUUUCGCAGUUAAUAGCAAUUUGUGGCGUUGUAAAAUAGACCACAAAGUGUUAACCACAGGUUUAAGAACUCUAUCGUUGCCAAAGAGUGAUUUAAAAAAAAGUUUUAAUAUAUAUUUUGGCGCCAAAUAAAAACAAUAUCGAGAAAUUGAUUUGUUUCAUCGUGAUAUGAAUUUGUAUUUUGAAAAUUAAAAUGGUGACGAUGAAUUCUUCGGAAAAGGCGGCAUCUAAGGCCUGUCAGCAGGGGCCAUCCAGAGACAACUCAAAAUGUAUAAAAGAAGAAAAAGAGAAGGAUCGAGACAAGAAGGACAAUGCUACGUCCAGCCUGCCGCCCGGCGUGCAGGCGCUCAUGUCCACCAUACCCUCGCCUGAGGAGUCACCCAACUAUCUUGUGUAUAAGAAGAUGGAGGCCAUCAUAGAGAAGAUGCAGGACGAGAACACGGGCGUACCCGUGCGCACUGUCAAGAGCUUCAUGACCAAAAUACCCUCAGUAUUCACAGGCUCAGACCUAGUAGCGUGGCUGACUCGUCAUCUCAGCCUCGAGGAGACGUGGGAGGCGCUGCACGUGGCACACCUACUCGCCGCACACGGGUAUCUGUUCCCCAUAGACGACCACUGCCUCACUGUGAAGAACGACAACACUUACUACAGGUUCCAGACUCCAUACUUUUGGCCCUCCAAUCAAUGGGAACCGGAGAACACUGACUAUGCGGUGUAUCUUUGCAAGCGAACGAUGCAGAACAAAGCCCGGCUGGAGCUGGCAGACUACGAGGCGGAGUCUCUCGCUCGCCUUCAGAACAUGUUCAGCAGGAAGUGGGAGUUCAUAUUCAUGCAGGCCGAGGCGCAGAGCAAGGUGGAUAAGAAACGCGACAAGCUAGAACGCAAAGUGUUGGACAGUCAGGAGAGAGCAUUCUGGGAUGUUCACCGACCGAUGCCGGGCUGUGUGAACACCACUGAGAUGGACCCCAAGAAGCUGUCCCGCAUCAACGCACUCAAAGCGAAGAGGCUACGCCAAUGCCAGGAGCUCAUUCUGCAGCAUAACCUCAAGAAUAACCCAAUAGUGACGAUCACAAACCCUCAAGAGAGUGAAGAGGAAAUACAAAAGAAAACUACAGACCACAGCAUCAAGGAGAACGGAGAAACAUCCCAACCCGAGAUCACAGUGACGUGUUUACCCGAGUCGGGAGUCAAACCCCCGGCCACUGUAGAGCAGCAGAUAGAAGCAGCCAAGCGACAGGUGGCCAUGCUGCGAGCCAGGCUCGAGAGGCGCAACGUGCGAGUCAGCAAAGUGGCUGACAUGUUCAUAGCGUACUGCGAGCAAUACGCGGAAUACGACGCGUUCCUGACGGCGCCCGAGUGGCCCAACCCCUGGACCAGCGACACCACCGACAUGUGGGACCAGGAGAAACAGUGUAAGGAGCCACUGCCGCUUCGCCGCGUCCGGCGCUGGUCGUUCUCCCUGCGCGAGCUGCUACAAGACCACGCCGGCCGCGACCACUUCGCCAAGUUCCUCAGCAAGGAGUUCAGCGGGGAGAACCUCAAAUUCUGGCUGUCAGUGCAGGAGCUGAAAGCUUUGCCCAUCCGUCGCGUGUCGACACGAGCCAAGGAGAUUUGGAAGGAGUACCUCGCGGCCGAUGCACCGUCGCCUAUCAAUAUCGAUGCUGCUAGCAGGGAAUUAACUCGACAGAAGGUGGAAUCAGGCACCGCCGACAGAUACUGCUUCGAUCAAGCUCAGGCACAUGUGUAUCAUCUGAUGAAGUCUGACAGUUACUCGCGGUACCUGCGCUCCGAGAUGUACAAGGACUAUCUCAACGGAUCCAAGAAAAAGACAUCAGUGAAAGGGAUUCGCUCAAUUGUAUCGUUCACGGCGCGUAAAGAAACAUCAACUAAUUAAGGAACGCUACUUCUUUAGUUCUAUCAAGAAAACAUCACUCCCUUUGUCCUAAGAAGGGAACAUGACUCCUCUUGUCCUAGCAAAGUAAACAUGUCUCCUAUAAUCCUUACAAAGGGACACACGGCUCCUAUUGUCCUUAUUAUAAAAAGGAACAUUCAUUUUGUUCAAAAUAAGGAACAGUACUUCUUAUAAACAAAGCAACUUGACUCCUAAUGUUCUUAAAAAGGAACAUGACUCCUUUACUACCGAUCCCAACAUUGAAUCUAUCUGUUGUUUUGCCUAAUGAAGAUAGAAAUUUGUCAUUACUUGUAUGUAGGGCUGCUAUCCGUCCGGGUUUCCCCGGAUUUGUCCUAGUUUGGAGCCCGUCCGGUAGCCGCCCGUGCAGGGUUUCAGGAAGUGUCCGGGGAAAACCCGGACACUUCAUGAAAGGAAGCACCUCAUUGAAUUUAAGUAUUAUGGUAAUAGUAAAUGGAUAAAAAUAAUGUCUUGUUUUGUUUUCGACUUUGUCCGCGAAAAAUAUGCGAUUUACAAAAAAUAUCCGGGUUUUUUUUGAAUUUUUGUCCGGGUUUGGUGAAAUUGGAGAUCGUAGCCCUACUUGUAUGGAGCUAAUUUCUAAAUUCUAUCUUUAGUAAGCAAAUGACGAGAUAGAUUAUUGGAAACGGUUCAACUCUACAACGGCACUAGUGUGCCGGAAUUGAUAAUACUCAUUGUUGUAAUAAGAAUUAUUCAUAAAAUCUAUAAAAAUGUAUGAAUUUCAAAACGGUCAAGUUCGAAAGGGUAUAUAUGAAGGAUAAAUGUUUUAAGUGAAGUUAGUAAAAAAUAUAUUACAACUAAAAUUUCUAUUCUUACGAUUUUAUUUUUAACUUGUAUGUAAGUAUGAAUCUGUCUGUAAUGUGUAUAAAAAUCAUUUUUUGUUCGACCUAUAAUAUGAAUACAUAUAUUUAUAUACCAUCUCCUGAGCCUUUUCCCAACUAUGUUGAUGUUUUUCCAAAAUAGUUGGGAAAAGGACUCUAUUCUCGAAAAAAUAUAUAGCCCAAUGAAAGUAUAUAUUAUUAUGUCAUUUCAAAAUUAUUCUUCAUUGAAAUUCUUCCUUAUGCGGAGAAGAAUAUUGAAAAAAAAAAUACAUGCAAACAUGCAUAAUUUAUAAUAUGUAAAAGAUCUUAUAUAUUAUCUUCUUUAAAAGUUCAGAAACAUAUGUAUUUAAUUAAUAUUGUGAUUUAUCUAAAGUAAAGAAAAUCAUAGCAGGACCUUGUCUAAAUUAGAAACUAGAUAUUAAUGAUAAUUAAUAAUUUUAUUAUAAAAAAAUACUUAACUCAUUUUAUUCAUUCACUCUCCAUACCAAAUCCCAUCCGAAUCUGUUCAGCCAUUUUACCGUUACAGCGUAAAAAACUCAUUCAUAAAGUUGUGUAGUUUGAAUGUGUUUCCUCUUAACUCGAAAACGGCUGAACCGGUUUAGAUAAAAUUUAUGGUGUAAGUUAUAAAAUUAGUUAAGUAUUUUUUAAUAAUAAAAUCUAAAUGAAUGUCUCAAAUGUAUAGAGGCUUUAAUGUUUUUCUGUUAAUUGUAAUAUUUAAAUUUAAAUUAUAAUGAUAUUAAACUCGACAAGUGACUGUACAUGCAUCAAACUGCAAUAAUUUAGUUGUUUUAAGUAGUUUUAAAUAUUUUGUUUCCGAAAAAAAGUAUGAGGUUGCAACUGAUUUGUGUUCCAAAAAUUCUGGAAACAUCGAUUAGGAACUAUUUGCAAAAAUACAAAAAACAAUAAUAGGUACAUAGAAUUGUGCACCAAAAAGAAAAAAAAAAAUGUUCUAAAUUCAAAAUAUGACAAAUGAGGUUUUUCUUAAGGUGACAUUCCGAUCCCCAUGCCUGUCGCGUGCUGCCGCCGAUCGACUCCUGUGCCAAUAGUAAACUGUAGGUAUCGAGCCUUCCGUAGUCGGCCGCACGCGACUUAACGCUCGGGUCCGAAAUGCACCUUUACUGAAACCUUGUGAGAUUAGACUACAUUGGUUACAAUGUGUUAUUAAAUGAUAUUGGUUUUAAGCAAUUUUAUUAAAGCUGGUUUUCAAACAAAUAUGUGAGGAACAAAAUCAGUUGCAAAAAGCAAAAUCUAAAGAAAAUGACUAAAAAGAAA